GACAUUGGAAAGGCACCCAAUUGAUUUCGUAGCCAAUCGUUGCAAAGCACGGACCAUCUUAGUUUUCGACAUUUUGAUCUUUUGCCAACUACGACAUCGCAUUUAAUUAAGCCCAGCCAAAGAUGACACUACUAGACGUACUUGAUUUACCUCAACUCUAUACCAAACCGUCCGCGGACGCCCUGCUCGAAACGCUUGCCCUACUCACUUCUACCCCACCGUCUUGGGAAACGAGCGACGUGCACGAUCGGUGCAAUGGUGAUUCAGAUAGUGCGCAGAGGAGGGAACAAAAAUCUGCCGGCGUAAACAUCAACCCUGAAGGAGUAACAAGAUAUUUAACUAGCAUUGUGGCUAGCAGUUUGAAAUGGAUCCAGGAUGAGCAGGUCAAGGAAGAGAUAUGGAAUCAAGCAAGCCUUCGUUUGAGUGAGCGAUCUGGACGUACAGCUAUGGGCGCAUUAUCGCGCAACUUCACCAUUCCCACAUCCAAUGGACCUUUUGAGUUGACUAUCCAUGAACCGGCCCUUACUGGAGACGAUCUCGGCCUGAAAACUUGGGCGGCAUCAUAUCUUCUUGCGAAACGCCUCCACACACUCAGCUUCAUACCUCAUAAAGAUCCCUCGCAUUUCAAGAUCUUAGAAUUGGGCUCGGGAACCGGCCUCGUUGGACUUGCGAUGGCCGCAUUAGGUACCAAUGUCGUACUUACUGAUCUUCCCAGUAUCCACGCGAACCUUGCGCGCAAUGUGAAAGACAACGCUGAAACUGUCAGUAGCGCAGGUGGUUCAGCGAAAAGUGGCGUGCUGGAUUGGACGAAACCAGAUUCUCUGCGACUGUUUCCUGAUGAAGCUUCAAUGGACGACGAAAGCAUAACACAUGAUUCAAAAUUUCCAUUUAUUUUGGCAGCAGACUCUCUUUACUCCCCAGAGCAUCCUCGGUGGCUCGUUGAUACAAUCGCGACAUGGCUAUCAGAUGACGAAGAAGCAAAGGUCAUGGUGGAGUUUCCACUGCGCGAUGCGUAUCUUCCAGAAGUGGCAGAUUUCCGUAAUCGUAUGGGUGGCAUUGGAUUGCAUAUUCUAGAAGAGGGAGAAGAGAGUGGUCUAGAUGAUUGGGGAAGCUCGAAUGAUGAUGAUCGAACAUUCGUAACUUGUUGGUAUGCGUUGUGGGGACGCACGGCAAAGAAAUGAUCUGAUUUGCUGCCCCUCCGGCGCUCAGGAUUCCUGCAAGGUCACCGCUCUUAUCAAAGCCUCGACAGUCCCAAGGCCCAUCUUUUGUAUCACACGCCGCAUUCAAUAUUGGCAGUUCUGACUUCCAGACCAUGGUGUGCAGCCACAACAGUGGGUAGGUGGGCGCGUGGUGGGGCAAUCUCCUUUCCCAGACCGCCGGCUCAAGACAUUGACGGAAAAAUUGGGAAUUGGGGGUGUAUGCUUGGAAUCAGAGUCCGCGUAUAUACCAAUUGCUGAGUCG